CGUCGUCUCUCCAAGUAGUAGCGGCUGGGCUCGGGUUCCCGAACAGUGAGCAGAGAAGCCGGAGGUCGAGGACCCCACCCGGGACCGCAGACCCUGAGCGACCCGCGCGGCCCGCACCGGGCCGGAAGAGGGCGGGGUUUCAGGCCGGCCAGCAAAGCCCGCAGCAAGCCGAGAAGUUACUCUCGGGCUCCAGGCCGCAGCCGCAGCCGCGCGUUUCCGGCGCGCUCCCCCGCGUCUUGCGUCCCGUGGUCUCGUCCGCCCCCGCUGCCAUGUUGGAUUGUGCGGCCGCCGCCGCCGCUGCUGCCGCCGGGGGAGCGUUGGAGGAGGAGUUGGGAGUUUAGCGCAGUCGCCGGAGUGCGAGGACAACGGCCAUCCGGCCCUAGCCUAGCCGGGCGGGAGCUGGGAGCUUCCCUUUCUGAGUGCGGCCCGAAGGCGGCCUGCCGUCAGCUUCCCCUUCUCUUGUCCUCCUCCCUGCUCCGCGGGAGCUUCGGGAUGCUGCUCAUCUGAAUCCCUCUGCCCGCCCCUGUCACCGAGAGGGGAAACGAGCUCGCCCAAGAGACUGCCCUGGACUCCCAGCCCCGCCGGCGAAACCAUGAGCUCCGGCCAGCAGCCGCCGCCCCCGCGGAAGGUCACCAACGUGGGGUCUUUGCUGCUCACCCCGCAGGAGAAUGAGUCCCUCUUCACUUUCCUCGGCAAGAAAUGUGUGACUAUGUCUUCAGCAGUGGUACAAUUAUAUGCAGCAGAUCGGAACUGUAUGUGGUCAAAGAAGUGCAGUGGUGUUGCUUGUCUUGUUAAGGACAAUCCACAAAGAUCUUAUUUUUUAAGAAUAUUUGACAUUAAGGAUGGGAAAUUAUUGUGGGAACAAGAACUAUACAAUAACUUUGUAUAUAAUAGUCCUAGAGGAUAUUUUCAUACCUUUGCUGGAGAUACUUGUCAAGUUGCUCUUAAUUUUGCCAAUGAAGAAGAAGCAAAAAAAUUCCGAAAAGCAGUUACAGACUUGUUGGGCCGACGACAAAGAAAAUCUGAGAAAAGACGAGACCCCCCAAAUGGUCCCAAUCUACCUAUGGCUACAGUUGAUAUAAAAAAUCCAGAAAUCACAACAAAUAGAUUUUAUAGUACCCAAGUCAACAACAUCUCCCAUACCAAAGAAAAGAAGAAAGGAAAAGCUAAAAAGAAGAGGUUAACCAAGGCAGAUAUUGGAACACCAAGCAACUUCCAGCAUAUUGGACAUGUUGGCUGGGAUCCAAAUACAGGCUUUGAUCUGAAUAAUUUGGAUCCAGAAUUGAAGAAUCUUUUUGAUUUGUGUGGAAUCUCAGAGGCACAACUUAAAGACCGAGAAACAUCAAAAGUUAUAUAUGACUUUAUUGAAAAAACAGGAGGUGUUGAAGCAGUUAAAAAUGAACUACGAAGGCAAGCACCACCACCUCCACCACCAUCACGGGGAGGACCACCACCACCUCCUCCCCCUCCACAUAGCUCAGGCCCUCCUCCUCCUCCUGCCAGGGGAAGAGGUGCUCCUCCCCCACCACCUUCAAGAGCUCCCACAGCUGCACCUCCACCACCACCUCCUUCCAGGCCAGGUGUGGCCGUCCCUCCACCACCACCAAAUAGGGUGUAUCCUCCUCCACCUCCAGCCCUUCCAUCUUCAGCGCCUUCUGGGCCUCCACCACCACCUCCACCUCUAUCAGUGGUAGGAUCAGUGACAGCACCCCCACCACCUCCACCUCCGCCUCCACCAGGGCCACCACCUCCCCCUGGCCUCCCUUCUGAUGGGGACCAUCAAGUUCCAACUCCUGCAGGAAACAAAGCAGCCCUUUUAGAUCAAAUCAGAGAGGGUGCUCAGCUAAAAAAAGUGGAACAGAACAGUCGACCAGUGUCCUGCUCUGGAAGGGAUGCGCUUUUAGACCAGAUACGACAGGGUAUUCAACUGAAAUCUGUGUCUGAUGGCCAAGAGUCUGCACCACCAACACCUGCACCCACUUCAGGAAUUGUGGGUGCAUUGAUGGAAGUAAUGCAGAAAAGGAGCAAAGCCAUUCAUUCUUCAGAUGAAGAUGAAGAUGAAGAUGAUGAAGAAGAUUUUGAGGAUGAUGAUGAAUGGGAAGACUGAUCUAUAUAUUAUAUAUAUAUAUUUUUAAGGUGAAAUACUAAACACUACUUUCUGUCUAUGGAUUCUGUAAAAUUAUCAUGUAAAUGUUCUACCAAUUUGCUGUAUAUUUUUGUUGCCUUUUUUGCUUUUUUUUUUUUUAAUUAAUCUGUGCAAUACCUCAUUUAAUCUGUAAAGGUUUGUCAUAAUCCUCUACAAAGCUACUCCCUGUUACUGUGUACAAGUUUACACCAGGAUGCUCACUUGAUUUGUGAAUAUAUUUCAUUCCAUCAACAAGGGAGUUUAAAUACUAUAUGUGAGACUGACAAAAACCUUAAUGUAAUUUAGUUAUAAUGCCAGAAGGAAAACACUAUUUUCAUACCCUACUUUUUCUGUACCUAAAUUUUCUUAUUAAAAUCUAUUAUAGCACUACAUUCUUUUUUAAGUGAUGUAAACCUUAGUUUCUUUAGCCCCUUCAUUUUGAAUACAAUGCUACAUAUGAAUGUUGAAGUUGAUACCUUGCACAGUUCUCUAGACAUCACUACACUGAUGCCAUUUUUCAAAUUUUAGCAAUAUGCUCUGUAUGACAUCUCUACAAAGAUCCCAGUAGGGGAAAUCAAUUAUGCCUCUUACAGCAGCAUUGCUGUUACUGGCACAGUAGUGGUGUUUGCAGGCUGGAACCACAGGGAACCCUUCCUUCCAUACCUGUACUUGAUUGCGGUUAUGUUUAUGCUGUAACAAAUGUGACAGGCUUUUUGGCAAAACUCUUAAAAAUUUUUUUGGUAUUAUUCUGAAAAAUUAUUUAAGUUGGAGUUUAGAGGCUUUGGGGUAGUUUUAUUCUUCAUGAACCAUAAUGGUCAUUCUGUUUUUCAGUUUGUAUAGAUUGAGGUCUUCAAAAAUACCAACCAUAAAUAUCAAAUUAAUUGGCAAAGGUAUGUACUGUAAUGCUGAACCUAACAUACUGUAUAUUUUUCUUUUGAUAAUUUCCCAAGGUUUUUGUCAAAUGUCAAGUGAAGGGUUACAUUUUUCUUAAAAGAAUGAUGGUCCAAAUGUCAAUUUUCUUGAAACACAUAACUGAUUCUGAUUUAAUAGUUUUUUUAAAAAAAAUAAAACCUUACAACCUGCA